GUCACCGCUCCACUCGACUUGUGUUUACGGCGUUUGAUCGCUCGCAAAACGCCAAAAGCGAAUCGCCGUCACACAAUCACGAUCACUGCUUAUCACUGGCACGGCGUCUCCUCGUUGAGAGACGCCUUCAUUAAACACCGUCGAGGGAUGCCACACGGCAGUUUUGUCUCGCGAAUCGCAGACGGGCGAGUUCACGGCGGGGUGAGGCCUAUCUAUGGCAGCCCGCCCUGGUGCUAGUUUGGGCCUCGGCUUGCCACAUCGCUAAGAAGACAAAUGUUAAUGUUACGCCGCCAAUAAAGAAAAAAACACCUCUUAAUGUUUGCAUGAAGAGGCUCGUGCAUACGGACAAACAUGGCGGCUAAACGAUUUCAGAUGCUGGGUCCAUGUCCAAUGUGCACGAAGAAUGGCAAAACGAGCUUCCUCAGGCGCUUUCUCAUCAACUUCAGUGAGUCAAUCAGCCUGUGUGAGGACCCCCAGUGCAUUUAUCCACUCGGGUACUUCCCGAUCGGGAGGAUUCUGACCAAAGCCAGUGCGCAGAAACAUCGUGCUAACGCCCGCAGGAGAAUGCGUACUUCUGUUGAAGACAUCCAGACUUUGGGCUCACCUAUAAAGCAAACGAGGGCCUGCGGCGAUUUCUCAGAGCAAAACCUCCCAAAAGAUAUUCCCCCGUUGAAGAAACGCAUUAACUGCGCGCAGAGUGUUGACAUUUCAAAAACGAGAGAGGUUCGCGGCGGGCUUGGGGGUUCAAGCGAGGAAAGCGAUGGCUGCCCAUCCAGAACGAGAGGCAUCGACGAACAUUCAGAAGGCUCGCACGGAGGCAGAUUAGAUUUGGAAAUUCCAGCGCAGCUUUCCGAGCAUUCUUAUUCGAGACUGAGGACAGAAAACGACCAGCGGAGUGAAGAGGACGCUACUCAGCCUCCUUGGACGUAUCUCGCGGGUCGUGUGCUACAGUGGCAGAACAAAUAUGCCCUGUGCUGGCUCGACUGCAUUUUGAUGGUCCUGGUGCAUAGCAGGAGUGUCCAGCAAAGGUUUCUCCAGCAGAGUAGAAUCUGCGCACCCAAAGGCAGUGUCGGAAUAUCUCAGGAAUGCUUUGUGCAGACUCUGUUAACCCAGUAUAACCAAGCACAGGCCAUGCUUGCCACCACCCUACAAAGCGGAGGCUUGCCGGAAGGGCACCGGGCACGCGGCGCCGCUGCCGCCACCGCCGCCACCGCCGCCGCCGCCACCACCACCGCUCCCGUUGCCGAAUCCUUUGCAGCCACCGCCGCCGCUACGGCUACCUUGCACGGUGUGCGCAUGGCGGUCUUCAGUGCAAUGCAGCCGCGACUCAAGUGCCAGCUGGGCAAGAACGAGAGCCCAGUGUUUGCCCUCCCACUCCUGCUGCGGGAGUCCCAAGAGCUGGAGGAGUUGUUCCUGCAGAGCUUUUCCUGGGAGACGCACUGUCAUGCAUGCUUAAAGGAAUCAAGGCACCAGGAUUCCAGCUGCUUGGUCACCUUUCCCAGUGUCGUGUCAGACUGGCACCCGCUCAACACCACACACCUGGGCACCUGCAGCCACUGCCAGGCCAAAGGGCAGCGGCGACGUCUGCAUUGGCACAGGCUCGCGCCGGUGACCGUGAUGCACUUUGAGAUGGGCAUGGCGCACGGGGACAUGGACAAGUACAGCUUCACUCAUCAGGGAGCCGCCUACGCCGUGUCAGGCGUUCAUCCAGUACCGCACUCAUCCGGACCACUUCAUCGCCUGGAUCCGCUCGCAAAACGGUACGUGGCUGGAGUGCGACGAUCUGAACGGGCCUUUCUGCGUGGAGAGAAAGGAGGUGAGCGUCCCUCCGGAGCAACUUCACGUUGUCUUCUGGGAGAAGGUGGCUUCCGCGGACGCGGAGGGAGGACGGACAUCCGGUGCGGAGCCUGGAGACUUCCGGCAAGACCACGGAGAGCUUGGCAGCCAAGCAGUGGCAGCGGAUGCGAGAGCAGACCGUUCAUGUGA